GUAACGCUGCAGCCGAGAACAUGGCGGCGCGGCUGCUGCUCCAACAUGGAAGCCGCUACAGUAAACACGGCGCUCUGUGGAGUCUGUCGUGUCGCAGCGUUUCUCUGGGUCGGGGAGGGAACUGUGCUGGAUGGAGGCAAGUAGUGCAGCCCGGGCGGGGAGUCAAGUCACAACUUAUCCAGCAAAUUCUAAACAGACCCCUGAGUCCAACCUUUCUAGGGCUGAGCAAAGUGAUCUGCAGAAACGGUUUGUUUACGGAUCCGGUGGGACUGUGGAAGCGUCUCGGUGGUCUCAGUUAUUUCAGCACAUCCUCUGAUAGACGACAGAAGAAAGAUGGAUCGAACAAGAAAUCACCCAAAGAAGACGAAGAAGAAAAGAAGAGGCGUGAGCAGGAGAAUCAGAUGUACAAGGAGCGCCUGCGCAUUCUCUUCAUCAUCGCUGCUUGCAUGAGCCUGCUGAACAUGUUCACCACCAGUGGAGGGAACAUCUCCUGGAACGAUUUUGUGAACGAGAUGUUGGCGAAAGGCGAGGUGGCACGGGUGCAGGUGGUGCCCGAGAGUGAGAUUGUGGAGAUCGACCUCCACCCCGGGGCUGUCAUUUUCGGGAGGCCUAGACUCGCCCUGACGUACCGCAUGCAGGUGGCCAACAUCAACAGGUUUGAGGAGAAGUUGCGUGCUGCAGAGGAGCAACUCAACAUAGACCCCAAGGACAGAAUACCAGUUUCAUAUAAACGCACAGGCUUCUUUGGGAAUGCCCUCUACGCUCUCGGCAUGGCUGCAGUGGGUGUCGGAAUCCUGUGGUACAUCUUCCGUCUGGCAGGGAUGGGUGUAAGAGAGGGUGGAUUCAGUGCUUUUAAUCAGUUAAAAAUGGCCAAGUUCACCAUUGUUGACGGAAAGUCUGGGAAAGGCGUGAGCUUCAAAGACGUAGCCGGGAUGCACGAGGCUAAGAUGGAGGUGAAGGAGUUUGUGGACUAUCUGAAGAGUCCAGACAGAUACUUAAAUCUGGGAGCGAAGGUACCCAAGGGCGCGCUCCUGCUCGGGCCACCAGGCUGUGGCAAAACACUGCUGGCGAAGGCGGUAGCCACUGAAGCCCAGGUGCCCUUCCUCGCCAUGGCCGGCUCCGAGUUUGUGGAGGUGAUUGGAGGCCUGGGUGCUGCGAGAGUGAGGAGUUUGUUUAAAGAAGCGAGAACACGGGCCCCCUGCAUUGUCUACAUUGACGAGAUCGAUGCUGUGGGUAAAAAACGGUCCACUAACAUGUCUGGCUUCAGCAACACCGAGGAGGAACAGACCCUUAACCAGCUGCUGGUGGAAAUGGAUGGAAUGGGAACCACUGAUCAUGUCAUUGUCUUGGCAUCCACUAACCGAGCAGAUAUUUUGGACAAUGCACUGAUGAGACCAGGCCGGUUGGACAGACAUAUAUUUAUUGACCUCCCCACUCUCCAGGAGAGAAAGGAGAUCUUUGAGCAGCACUUGAAGAUCUUGAAGCUUUCCCAUCCUGCAGAUUUCUACUCCUUGCGUCUGGCUGAGCUCACACCUGGCUUCAGUGGUGCCGAUAUUGCAAACAUUUGCAACGAAGCUGCUCUCCAUGCGGCCCGUGAAGGCUACAAGUCCAUUGAUACCUUUAAUUUUGAAUACGCUGUAGAGAGAGUUAUUGCAGGCAGUGUGAAGAAAAGCAAGAUCUUGUCCAAAGAGGAGCAGAGGGUGGUGGCUUUCCACGAGUCAGGCCACGCUCUGGUUGGCUGGCUGCUGGAACACACCGAAGCAGUCAUGAAGGUGUCGAUAGCUCCCAGGACCAAUGCUGCUCUAGGCUUCUCACAGAUCCUGCCGAAGGACCAGUACCUGUUUACCAAAGAGCAGCUGUUUGAGAGGAUGUGCAUGGCUCUUGGUGGAAGAGCCUCUGAAGCCAUUACAUUCAACAAAGUCACCACAGGUGCUCAGGAUGAUCUGCGGAAGGUGACGCGUGUUGCCUACGCCAUGGUGAAGCAAUAUGGCAUGGUGCCCAGUGUGGGCCAGGUGUCCUUUCCUGAAACCGAGGAACAGGGAGGUAUCGGGCGCAGGCCCUUCAGCCAAGGCCUGCAGCAGCAGAUGGACCAUGAAGCCAAGAUGAUAAUAGCACGGGCGUACAGACACACUGAGAAACUGCUCCUAGACAACAGGGAUAAACUUGUACUGUUGGCCAAUGCCCUUCUUGAGCGAGAAGUAGUGAACUACGAUGACAUAGAGGCUCUGCUCGGCCCCCCUCCACAUGGGCCCAAAAAGAUGAUCGCCCCUCAGAGCUGGAUCGAAGCCGAGAAGGAUAAGCAGGACGUGGCCGAUGAGGAGCCUCCCAUGCCCCGCAGAGCUGAGAGGAAGGACGAGGAAGAGGACCUGGGGCCAGCAUUGUCCUCAGUGUAUAGAUCAUAAGGGGUGUAAAAAGACUGUUUAUUUAUUCUGACAUGGUGUGCCAUGAGGCUAAGCUUCUGUGAUGAGCCGUGCUGACGUAUUUUAAAUAACUGAGAUUUAUUCUGAACAUGUGAACAACCACAUGUUAAGGAGUUUGUAUAUAUUUUUCUUUCAAGUGCAAAUGAUUACAGAUGUUAUUUUUGUGUUCAAUAAGUCCAACAGCACUGCAUUUGUUCUUUUAUUCUGAACUGAAAGUUAUUUUACAAAAUACAUCAUGAGAAAUAAAUAUUAAAGCAAAAACAA